GCAUGAAAGCCUUUGAAAGAGACCCCGACGAUCGAAGCAGCACGUUGUCGCUAAUCUUUUUUUCAUCAUUCUAGCCAUUCUGACCCCGUAACAAGGAUUAUCUACUGCCAUUUCGGGCGUUUCUCAAGGCACGUCCUUGGGAGCCAGCCGUUGGGGGGGGGGUCUUGCGAUUUCGAACAGGGGAGUGAACCAAUCAGAGAGGAAGAGCAAUAGGGAGGCGCUCAGUUUGAGAUGAUAUGAAGCGGUGGCCGAUAGAGUACUCAGUUUACCAGUGAGAGAGGCGACGGCUGCGGCUCGGAUGGAGAUCAUGGAAAGCCGAGGGAGAGGACUGGCGAAGCUGGCGGUGCAGCAACAGCUCCGAGCCGCCUAUGGGAUCAAGAUGAAGAACCGGACGGGGAAAGGGAAACCGGCGGCAACCGCUGGCGUGGAAGGGGGCAAAAUAUUUGGAAUAGCUCUUCAUGAAUUACCUCAUCAAGAUGUGCCUGAAUAUGGAAGUAUACCUUGCUUCUUGGUUGAGGCAUGUAAACAUUUAGAAGAACACAUUCACACUGAAGGGCUCUUCAGAAAAUCUGGAUCAUUUGUUCGCUUAAAAACGUUAAAGGGUAAACUUGACCAAGGUGAAAACUGUCUGUCUACUGCACAGCCAUGUGAUGUUGCAGGGCUUGUGAAGCAGUUCUUCAGAGAACUGCCUGAGCCCAUCCUUCCAAGUGACCUGCAAGAAGCUUUCAUCAAAGCUCAACAACUGGGCAUUGAGGAGAAGAAUUCUGCCACACUGCUGAUUUCCUGUCUUAUGAAUGACAGAACAAUUCAUACACUCAGAUAUUUUUUCAAAUUUCUCAAAAAAGUGUCUCUAAGAUCUUCUGAAAACAAAAUGGACAGUAGUAAUCUGGCAGUAAUCUUUGCCCCAAAUCUCUUGCAAUCAAGUGAACCCGACAAGAUCUCAGCUCAUACAGAGAAAAAGCUUCGUUUGCAAGCUGCGGUUCUGCAGACACUUAUUGACCAUGCAGAAGAGAUAGGGCAUGUACCAAAGUUUAUCUUGGAAAAGAUACCUACAAUGCUUGGUGUUGACGGCCCUGUGUCCACUCCUUCAUUGCAAGACUAUGAAGAAAGUGAAGGUGAAACGCCUGGUGAACACACAAGGAGGAGGAGACUGAGCAUAGGAGAUAUUGUUAGUGGAGCUCUGAAUAAACUUAAAUCUAACAGAACCCCCUUCACUACACCUCAGAGAGACAGAUGUGCCUUUCCAUCAGUGACUCCAGUGAUUGUUACUCCAAAGUUUAAGCGUAAAUAUCCAGCUGACUCCUGUCAAGGUUUCUCUAGCAAGAAAAGGCGAUCUAUCAGGCAUAAUCUGGCUCUUGAAUUGCUACCAAGUAGCCUUUUUAGCAUUAGCUCAACACCUGGAUCAGCUCAAUUUGAAACAAGCCCAUGUGUAUCUCUUGAGGCAUCUCAGAGUUCAGUGUCUACCUCAGUUACUAGUGAAAAACACCCACCUAGUCUUGGAAGUCGAAGAAGCAAAAGAAUUGCCAGCAAAAAAAUACACAGGGCUGAGUCUGGAAAAAUGGGUUGCUUUUCUCCUAAGAUUAGUCGGAAAGAAAUGGUGCGCAGAUCAUUGCGAUUAAAGUUCAUUCUGGGAAGAAGCAGCAAAGAGAAUACUGCAAUGGACCAUCCACCUAGCAACAGAUCUGAAAACAUUGGCCGUCGACUUGCAAGUCAACAAAAUGUGGAAAGUGUGGUUGAUAACGUAAAGACAGUUGCUUUAUUAAGCCCAUGUAUUGGUGAAUCUAUAAAAAAAGAUUCCAAAAACAUCAGCAAAUCAGAGGAAAACUUGCAAAUUCGAAACCAACAUAAUGAAGCACGCUUCCGAAUCUCCUGGACUGGCCCAAGAACCACAGGAUCUGAGGAGACUAAUAAUAAUGCUACUAAUUUAAUGGCUUGUUUUAAAGCAGAAACCUCUUCAUCAGAGCCUGCUCUUAAAGCUAGGAAACCACCAGUGAUUUCUGUUAAAUCUAGGCCUGCUGAUGCUAGUACUGGACCAGAAAGCAAUAAACAAACAUCCUUUUGUGAGGAUGAAAAUAAUUUGACUACAGAUACUUUACUGAAAAUUAAGAAAGCAUUUUCUGAAUCCGGAAGCAACCUUCAUAAACUUAAUUUUGAAGGCUCUGUUUCAAAUAAAUUAACGCAAGGAGCAAGCUUUUCAGAACUCAAUCUAGAGGGAGAGCUCUCUAAAGCUAAAGUUCAGAAAAUGUCAAAUGUAGAACAGAAGACUCGGUUUGCAAGCUCUGCUAAUAAAUCUAAUGCCACUGACAAACAUCUGCCAAGUAUGGAGCAAAUCAAAGCUGUAGAUGCGUCGCUCUUCCAAAAUACUACAGAAACUAAUAAUCCAAUCCAUGAGUUUAGCAUAAGUAAUGGAUCAAUAAAAGAGGACCAAGUCACUACAGUGACAUCUCCAGGGACACACUUAAAUAGUACAAAUACCCUGAAAAAGGAGACAUGGGAAUCAAAUGAAAGAAGUGUUGAAGAAUUUAAAUACUGUAAUUCAGAGAGAGAUACUAAAGAAUGCCUUGAAACAGGAGAACUUCUCUCUCAAUUACCAGAAGAUGGAGAAAGGAGCAGCAAACGGUACUUACGCAUGGAAACUCAAGAGAAAUCUCAGCUUUCUCCUUCAGGAAAGGUUGCUGACCAUAUACAUUGGUUCAACAAACUUUCAUUAAAUGAACCACAUUCUGGAACCAAAACCAAAUCGCCACUUAAGUUUCAACGUACCCCUGUCCGUCAGUCUAUAAGGAGAAUGAACUCCCUCUUGGAAGCUAAUAAGCAGUCCAUUACUUGUAAAAUAAUAAAAGCUGGUGGUGACUGCCCCUCUCUUGUUAAAUCAGUGAGUUAUGAAACUGCACUGUCCGCCUGUGUGGAAAGUAUCUCCAAUACAUCUACAGCAUCACUGUCCUCUUCUGAAUCGGUCUGCAGACAAAUGUCUACAUGUGAUCAGUUUGCUCUAUCUUCCAAAUCCUACCUGCAACUAAUAUAUCCGUUACAGCGAGCCAGCAGGCCUGGUGAAACUUGCAGAGAGACACUGACCACCUAUCCUCAAUCCAAGUCUGCCCUGGAGGACCUAACUAAUUAUGAAGUACCAAAAACUGUUAAAAACACAAGCAUAAAUCUUUUAGUUUCUACACCUGACAAAUGUCUUCUCAGGAAAACAUUGACAGAAAAAAGGGCUUGCUAUAAAGGGUCUCCAAAGAACCCAAUGGCCACAGCCAAACUCGUUCCGGUUGUUAAACCUCUUGACUUAUAGGUUUAACAGCCCAAUUCUAGGCAUGUUUCCUAUGGACUUCAGUGGUCUUGCAUCUAGGUUUGCAUGUUUAGGAUUGGAGCCAAAGUCUAUAAUUUGUCUUAAACGAUCAAUCUGUUUCAUUCGAAAAACUAAGAAUUUGUUUAGUUUCUGUUUUUAAAUAGGUUUCUUUCUUGAAUUCAGAGGAAAUGUAAGUUGCAGCUGAAACUUGAAUAAGUUCUGUUGGGUAGCAUUUACCUUGUAGAUUCUAAUAGGUAUUUGCCUUUUAUAUUUUGACUGGAUUUCUUUGCCGGGGGGAGGUUGAAAGUGCUGCUGGCUACUGUUAAUUCAGAUUUCAAAAACUGCAAAGAAUCUGUUAGUUGAUCUUCUCUAGAAAACUAAAAGAUUAAAAUUGCAUUUGUAGGAAGUAAUCAUUUACAAAGUAUAUUUCUGCUUAUACUUGCAAGUCUUAGUUCAUAGGCCUGAGUCUUGAAAUAUAGUCACAGUUCCUACAACUGUUGAAUAUCUGUAAUGCUUGUAUCUGGUACUGGUGCUGAGGCAAAAGCAACUGCUUAGAAACUAGCAGCUUCUGUACUUCUACCAGGAGAUGCAUUUUUUGUUGAUGCAAAUAAAUAGCCACCAAAUAAAAUGUUAGGCAUGUUAAGCAACUA